AACAAUCCAGAGUGUGAAUCAGAUUCUUUACAAGAACCAUUCUCGUAUAAUUGAUCCACAAAAAUAAAAUCACCACAAAGUUGAUUGUUAGAUGAAUUCCAUCAGUGCGGAUCAACUCAGUACAUAAAUGGUUUUCGUACGAGGACUUGAUCUGCUAUCCCGGAUGGAUCCUCUAGUUGAACCAGAACCAAUUAGCCUAUCCUUCGAUACUGGUCCAUCCAUCCAGAUCAAAGAGUGAAUUAAUGUACCGAUAUAACCUUUAAUGAUGCUUCAUACGACCUCAUAUAAAUUGUAAUAUCACCAUAUACCUCAAUCGCCUUGGCAAUCUUCCGGCCAACACCAUCAUCACCUUUGUCUGCCGCUUUAUAUCCCACCUCUCUCUCAAAACCUCUGUGUUGUGAGCGUCUUAGUGUUUAAGAGGAAAAAGGAAAAACUCUACCACAUUCACCUCCACAACCCUCUCUCUCUCUCUCUCUCUCUCUCUCUCUCUCUCUCUCUCUCUCUCUCUCUCUCUCUCUCUCUCUCUCUCUCUCUCUCUCUCUGUAACAUACGAUGAAACCAGAGAAGGUGAUCCUGCAUAGGAACAGCAGCAACUGCAGAAGUAGUCGAAACAUCCUCCCAGCAAACUAUGUGAGAUCAACACCAUUCACACCAGACACCAACGCUGUAUCAGAUAGGCCGCUAGUCCAUAAAUACGGUGGCGCCGCCGUAUCGUUUACUUGGCCCAACAAAAAUAGAAACAUAGGAAUUCUUCUUCGUUCACUCCUCCGCUUCAUCUCACUGCCUUUCAUAAUUCCCACAGGCUCCACGUGUCGUUGGCUGAGCAUUCCGUCCCGUUUCUCUCCGGCGCCGUCACUUGGCCGUAAAGUCACAGGCACACUCUUCGGUCACAAGAAGGGCCACGUCAGCUUCGUGGUACAGGACCACCCCCGGUCGGAACCGGUGAUAAUAUUGGAGUUGGCUAUGUCCACCUCGGCAUUAGUGAAGGAGAUGUCGACGGGACUCGUCAGGAUUGCCCUCGAAUGUGAUAAGGGCUCAACCUGUGGUUCCGGUGGCCGGUCUUCGGUGAAGCUGUUUCAGGAACCCGUGUGGACGAUGUACUGUAAUGGAAGGAAGUGUGGAUACGCUGUGGCUCGCACAUGUGGGGAUUCGGAUUGUCACUUGUUGAGCACCGUCCAGACGGUGUCGGUCGGUGCUGGUGUGAUUCCGGCGGAUAAGAGCAGGAUUGGUGAUAGGAGCGUUUGGGAAGGAGAGCUUAUGUACAUGAGGGCUAGGUUUGAACGAGUCGUAGGGAGUCGUGACUCGGAAGCUUUUUAUAUGAUGAACCCAGAUGGAACCGGCGGACCCGAACUCAGUAUCUUCCUUCUUAGAAUCUGACACUGGAAGCCUGGAAAGACGUGAGCCUGAGGCAACUCUGCGUCCUCUCUCCACUUAAAAGUACUACAAAAGUACGAACCCAGAACGGAUCGGAAUCGUCCAUGUACUGAGUGACUCAGUAAUUUGUAAGCUGUAAGUUGUAUUUCCUAUCUCUGUAUCAUCUGUGCUUUAAAAUCUUGUUUUCCGUAGAAUUAACUACAAAAAAUAGUCUCGCUCUAAAUUUUCUACCCCAAAACUUCAAUGUGGUAGGUGGAGGUAGGGGUUCAAUUUCAGUCCCCGCUAGGUAGG